GAGAGAGAGCAAGAGAGAGAGAGAGAGAGAGAGAGAGAGAGAGAGAGAGAGAGAGAUUAGAUUAGGUUACUUUCUAACUCUUUAGGGAAAGAAGGAAAUAAAGGAUGGAAGGAAGAAUGUCCUGCACACCUUCAGCAGUUUCUGGAUCGUGAUUGGUUUAUUCUGUGAAACUUCAGGUGGCAACGAAACAGGGCUGAGAUUUUGUGCGGGGAGGACAGAGGAAGCCGAGAAACAGUUUAAUAUGCUGCUGGAACUUUUCUUCAUCCUUUAUCUUCUUCAGAGUCAGGUGCUGACCUCUGGCUCUUCCUCCUCUUCUUCUGAGACACACGAAAGCAGUCAAAGGGAUGAACAACACAGCAAAGGUUCCUCUCAUCAGCAUCACUGGGGUUACCAUGAUCAGGAUGGGUGGUUAUCUUCAUUUGAAGACUGUGGUGGAAAAUCCCAGUCUCCCAUUAACAUAAACACUGGUGAGGUGAAGUACGAUCCCAGACUCUCUCUUAUUAAACUGGAGGGUUAUGAUCUGACAGACAAAUCUCCUCUUUCACUCCUUAACAAUGGGCAUACACUGCAGCUGUCUCUGCCGAACAGCAUGCGUAUUGUGAGAGGAUUUGAUCAUAUUUAUGUCGCAGCCCAGCUUCAUUUUCACUGGGGAACUGUAGAGAUCCCGGGAUCAGAGCACACUAUAGAUAACAUUCAUUUCCCGGCUGAGAUCCAUGUGGUUCAUUAUAACUCCAAAUACUCAAAUCUUUCUGAGGCCGCUACUAAAGCAGAUGGACUGGCUGUGUUAGGAGGAUUUAUAGGUAUUGGUCUUCAUGAAAAUGAAAACUAUGAGAAGAUCUUGUCUGCUUUAACAAACAUCAGCAGUGAAGAGUCAUACACCGAGAUUCCUGGUUUUAACGUCCGGCAUCUUCUGCCAAACAGUUUGGAGAGGUUUUAUAGAUACAAGGGAUCCCUCACGACCCCUCCGUGCUUUCAGACAGUCAGCUGGACUCUGUUCAAUGAUACUGUCAGAGUGUCAAGAAGACAGCUAGCGGCUUUGGAGGACACACUGAAAACAGAGCACAGCAAACUCUUAUCCAAAAACUUCAGAGCACCACAACUUCUGCAUGGCCGAAAAGUCCUGACGUCUUUCCACACAGUACCCUCUGCAGGGAAUGCCAGAGGAGUCCCGCUGUCUGAAACACAAGACCUUAAUACAAAGGAAUCUAGUGAAACUCAAGAUGCACUCUCAAAAGGUGAUAUUUUGGCUAUUGUCUUUGGUGUUCUGUUCGCAGUCACACUGCUGGCCUUCUCCGUGUACACAUAUCAACAACGAAAAAAAUACACAAAGUUUAAAAGAGACUCAAAGCAAAACGUUAUUUAUAAACCAGCUGUUAAAGAAGAGGCAUAACAAAUUUAUUAUGUGUGAGGACAGCAUGACCUGAAGUUUUUUUCACAGAGACAGACCUGCAGUGCUGUGCUCUUGUGUGAGGUUUUGAACUGAAAUUAAAAACAAAAAACAAAAAAACUAUUUAAUAGCAUAUUGAUCAAAUCAUUGAUCAAUGAUUUCUCGUUUUUAGAAAAACAGGUCUUUGAUGUUAAAAUUAUAUUGUAAGUUUAAAUGAUCAAGUUAUACUUUGUUAAUGAGAAAAAAAUGUAUUAACAAUAUUACAUAACAAUAUGUUCACCCAAAAAUAAUGUUUGUCUAAAACCACAACCACCUAGUCACAGUUGUAAGAGUAACGUAACACAAACAGACACUGUCAGUUGUUAUUAUUAUAUGCAUCUUUAAUGGUUGUUUUCUGUUUAUUUGCUGUUAAAAAUUCACUUGUUUCUUGUAUGUUCACCAUAAUUUGUUGCAGUGUUCCUGUAGUUGUUGAUUUAACAUGUAAGUUGCACUUUUUAAAGUCCAUUGCAAGCAAUUGAAAAAAUAUACUGAUCUUAGGAAAACUUUAGUAGACACGAUAUUAGAGAUAUUAAAGAUAUUAAGAUUCAUUCACAUUCUAGCAAUUAGCAGUGACGUGAUCACAGUUACUUUUUUAUAGACAAACCCAGACCUAAAAUGGGUGCUGUCAAAGAGAAGGAUGAAAAGAUAUUCAAACACUUCCAUCUACUUUACAUUUAAUUUACAUUUUGUAGUGGUGUCCGAAACCUGAGUGAACAACUUUAUUUCCUACAUUCGUUCAAUACUCACAAUGCACUCUGUCUUUGAGUGUACAAUUGAUGUACUCUUGCUCUCUGACUAUUUCCCAUGAUACAACGUGAGACGAAUGUUUAACUGGAAUCAAGGAUACUGACAGUAAACAAACUACACAUUUACGUUUAUACACUUUGGUUAAUUCUUGUUGUUGGUUAUUUUCUACUUUUUAAAAAAAUAAACAAAUUAAAAAUAAAUACGAUACCUUUUAUUUAAAAUAUAAUACACAUUUUUAAAUCUCUUCACAUCCUAGCGAAACCCACCAGUUUUCUACGCUUAACAGACUGUAUUAGAAAUAUUGGUGACUGGAUUGCAAAUAACUGCCUUUUUCUAAACUCUAAGACAGAGAUACUUAUUAUUGAACCGAAU